ACCUCAAAGACAGAGAGGGAGGGAUCUUUGUUGUUCCUCUGCUCCAUAGUCGCCACUCCACUCCCAUCUCCUUGCUAGAGUUUUGGUGAACCACCGCCACAACCAAUCCAAGCAAAACCAGCACCACCACCAGUGCCAUUGCCAAAACCCCUCCAUCCUCUUCUUAACCUCCAUGCUGCUGCAGCAUGCCACUGCACGACCACCACCUCACCUCCACCUCCAUGGCCGGCAAUGGCGCACCUCGCCUUCUACGGCUUCCUACUGCUACGACCUCAUUGCCGCUGCUGCAACUAGUACUACUACAACUACUAUGCGUCGCCUCCGCGCUUAACCAAGAUGGCGUGCUUCUCCUCUCCUUCAAGCUCUCCCUCGCCGCCGACCCGCUCGGCUCCCUCGCCGGCUGGGGCUACGCCGACGCCACGCCUUGUUCAUGGAAUGGCGUCGUCUGCUCUCCGGACUCGCGGGUUGUCACCGUUGUCCUACCCGACGCGCAACUAGUCGGCCCCGUCGCCAGGGAGCUCGGCCUCAUCGAGCAUCUGCGCCACCUCGACCUCUCAAGCAACGCGCUCAGCGGCACCAUCCCGCCCGAGCUUCUGCGCGCGCCGGAGCUACGUGUUCUCUCACUCGCCGGCAAUGGCAUCACGGGCGGACUGCCAGAGCAGGUCGGCCAGCUGCGCAGCCUCCGCGCACUCAACCUCGCCGGCAACGCGCUCUCCGGCGCCAUCCCACAGAACCUCACCUUGCUCCCCAACCUCACCGCCGUGUCGCUGGCAAACAACUUCUUCUCCGGCGGGCUCCCCGGAGGAGGGUUCCCGGCGCUGCAGGUGCUCGACGUCAGCGCCAACCUGCUCAACGGCACGCUCCCGCCGGAUUUCGGCGGGGCCGCGCUACGCUACGUCAACCUCUCGUUCAACCGGAUCGCCGGAGCCAUACCCACCGAGAUGGCGUCGAGCCUGCCGGCCAACGUUACCAUCGACCUGUCCUACAACAACCUCACCGGCGCCAUCCCGGCGGUGCCGCCAUUCUCGGUGCAGAGAUCCACGGCGUUCGCGAGGAACACCGAGCUGUGCGGCAGGCCGCUCGACAGGCUCUGCUCCUUCACGUCCUCCUCCGUUGUGGAGCCCCAGAAUGGCACUGCAAAGUCGCCGCCGGCUAUCGCGGCGAUACCCAAGGACCCGACCGAGGCGCUUCCUGGUUCUGACACCAACACUGGCGCCGGAGCGCCGGCGUCCAGAGGGCAAGGCAGGAUGAGGCUGGCCACCAUCGUCGCCAUCGCCGCUGGCGAUGUGGCCGGCAUCGCUGUCCUCUUCGUUGUGGUCCUGUACGUGUACCAGGUGAGGAAGAGGAGGCAGCGUCAAGAGGUGGCGAAGCAGAGGAUGGGGGUCGUGUUCAAGAAGCCGGAGUCGGACGAGUCGCCGGACGCCGUCUGCCCGAGCCUGUCCUGCUGCCUGCGUAAGAAGGCCGGGGAGGACAGCGAGGACACGGAGGAGGUCACAGACACGUCAGCCUCCUUCUCCGCCAAGGAGGGCAUCACGGACAAGAACAGCAAGGCGGUCGAAGCGGCGGCCAAAAAGAAGGGCGGCGACGCCGGGGUACUGGUGACGGUGGACGGCGGCGCGGAGUUGGAGCUAGAGACACUAUUGAAGGCAUCGGCGUAUAUCCUGGGCGCCGCCGGCGGCAGCAUCGUGUACAAGGCCGUGUUGGCCGACGGCGCGGCGCUGGCGGUGCGCAGGAUCGGCAGCGACGACGCCAGCGUGCGGCGGUUCAACGAACUUGAGGCGCAGAUGCGCGCCGUGGCCAAGCUGCGGCACGGCAACAUCCUCCGGCUGCGCGGCUUCUACUGGGGCCCCGACGAGAUGCUCAUCAUCCACGACUUCGCUGUCAACGGCAGCCUCGCCAAUCUCUCCAUCAAAAGGAAGCCAGGCUCGUCGCCGAUAAACCUCGGAUGGAGCGCGCGUCUUCGCAUCGCUCGCGGCGUGGCGAGAGGCCUUGCGUACCUGCACGACAAGAAGUGCGUUCACGGCAACGUGAAGCCGAGCAACAUCCUACUGGACGCGGACAUGGAGCCGCUGCUCGCCGACCUCGGCGUCGACCGGCUGGUCCGCGGUGCGGACGGCGGGCUCAAGCUGUCGGCGUUGGCCAGGCGGUUCGGGAGCAAGCGUUCGGCAAAAAGCCUCCCCGACCUGUCGCCACCACCAGGCCCUGGUGGACCAUCAGCGAGCCCGCACGCUGGCGCUCCCGCCGACACGGCGGCUCACUACCGGGCGCCGGAGGCCGUGAAAAGCCCGAAGCCGAACGCCAAGUGGGACGUGUACUCCUUAGGCGUUCUGCUGCUGGAGCUAGUCGCCGGGCGCGCGCUGACGAGCCUGGAGCUCUGCCAUUUGACAGCCGGGGCAGAUGAGGAGAAAGCCCAGGCGCUCCGGCUAGUGGACCCCGCACUGCGCUGUGAGAUGGAAGGCCGGGACGAGGCGGUGGCGUGCUGCCUGAGGCUGGGCGCCGCCUGCGGCGCCAUGGCGCCGAACAAGAGGCCGUCCAUUAGGGACGCUCUGCAGGCCAUCGACAGGAUACCAGCUCUAGCUUCCACCGCUGCCUCCUCCACCGCAGCAGGGGCAGCUCAUUGAAAUCUUGCCACGGCUUAAGAGUUGGUUCUUGUGAUUGUGAAGGCAAAAUUUGUUGCCGGUGAUUGUGCAUUGUAGUUCGCUUGUUGUUAUGGUUUUUGGGGCCAGUUUCUGGAAGGAAUUGGUCUGUGCAUCUCAGAUUUUGCUGGCAAACUCAGAUUUCUGAAAAGGAAUGAUGGAAUGACAUGGAAGCAAAAAUCCAAGUCUUGGUCACCGAACCAAUAUAAGCUUGUGUUCUCCCAAUUCAACCCAGGAAAAAGCAUA